AGGAAGAGGCAUUUGUUUGGUUGGUAAUGUCUUCGGUGAUGAAAGUAGCGGUCCGAGUCCGUCCUUUGAAUAAAAGAGAAAAGUUGUUAUCCUCGAAGGUGAUAAUUCACAUGAGGGGGAACACAACAUCUAUUCAUAAGCCUUUAGCUGGUCGAGGGGAGAAACUGAAGGACAGAGGGAAAAUGUUUUCAUACGACUACUCCUUUGAUUCAAUUGAUGCAGACAGUCCCACAUUUUCAUCACAGGAGAAGAUUUUCAAGAACUUGGGCUCAGACGUUUUGAAAGCAGCAUUUUAUGGUUACAAUGCUUGUGUGUUUGCAUAUGGCCAAACGGGCUCAGGGAAAUCUUACACCAUGAUGGGAAAUAAAGUGGAUAAAGGUUUAAUCCCACGGAUCUGUGAGGAGUUGUUCCUGGAGAUAUCCAGCAGGAGCGACAGCAUGUCAUUUCAAAUGGAGGUCAGUUAUCUGGAGAUUUACAAUGAGCGUGUACAGGACCUCCUAAGGAAGAAGCUGCCAUGCUCAGAAGGAGGGGUCUUGAAAGUGAGAGAACACCCUACGGAUGGACCUUAUGUUGAGAAUCUAUCAAAACAUGUGGUGCUCAGUCAGAGUAAUGUGGAGAGCCUCAUCACGCUUGGGAAUGCCACCCGCACUAUCGCCAGCACCGGCAUGAAUGACUUCAGCAGCCGUUCACACACAAUCUUCACCAUCAUCUUUACCCAGGGAUGGUUUGAUGGUGAGUUGCCCCAUGAGAGGCACAGUAAGAUCCAACUGGUGGACCUGGCUGGCAGUGAGAGAGCUGAUGGGAUGCAAGCCAUGGGCACCAGGCUGAAGGAAAGUGCAAACAUCAACAAAUCCCUGGUCACCUUGAGCAGUGUGAUCUCAGCUCUUGCUGACCUUGCAGUGAGUGGACAGUCAGCAAAAAAGAAGCAGAUCUUCAUUCCUUACAGAAACUCUGUGCUGACAUGGCUACUGAAAGACAGUCUUGGUGGAAACACCAGAACUACAAUUAUAGCAACCAUUUCUCCUGCUGAUGUGAACUACGAGGAGACCCUAACCACUCUGCGCUUUGCCAGCCGGGCUAAAAACAUAAUAAACACCCCAACAGUGAAUGCAGACGGCAGCACCAAAGUGCUCAGAGAGCUGCAGGCUGAGGUCACCAGGCUUCGAACACUUCUAGCUGAAGCCGCUCAGGUUAUUGAUGUGGAUUGGGCUACUUCUGUAAAGCAAAGGGAGAAGUUGCAAUACAAUGAAGAAAAGGGACAGAAUGGUAUCAUCCUGAAACCACCCAAUGUUUCAACAGAGCCACUGCUGCGAGCUCAGAGUUUAUACUGA